UCCUGUUUGUGUAGCUGAACAUAAUCAUCACAAGCUACAUUAUGAUAGUCGGGUAUGCAGAUUUCCCGUGAUGGUGCGAGGAUUUCCGGGAGACCCACGGUAAGUCAAGCACGAUGCGAGUCGUAUGUCCGACUUCCCUUGGCAAUACACAAAGGUCCAAUCUCUCCAAAAAAUAGUUUACAUAGUAAGCUCACACUACACAUGAAUUCAUGUGCUCACAUUAGUAGAGCGCAUAAUCGAGAUCUUCGCUGGUGUUGAGAUGCGUCACAGUGUGUCUAAACGUUGGCCAUGGAGAUACCUCUUAUAAUAUGAAGCCAUUCAUCCAUUUUGAGAGAAGGUUUCCCAACCUCUCCUUCAUCAGCAGGUCGCUCCUGAACUGACAAACUGCAGUAUCUUGUUUAGAUGCUGCCACUCACGCCUCUCUCCUCUGUUGAAGCGCCAGCUCAUCAUGAACCUAAAAAACUUUCCUUUACUCGCAAAUUAACUUUACUGUUUAUGUUCUGUCUCGCCCAAUUCUUAGAUGGCUUCAGUAACUCGGCUCUCUUCUCCGCAGUCCCUGUACUCGAGGUAUCCAUGGGUAUGACUGAAAGUCAAUCCACUUGGAUCAUGAGUGCAUUCCAGUUGACCUUUGCAUCUUUCCUGCUCAUCAGUGGCCGCAUUAGCGACGUAUAUAACCCAAAAAUUGCGUUCGUUGGGGGGGUAUCCGGUCUUGGUGUCAUCUCGUUGUGCGCUGGAUUUGUCCAUGAUACCAUUCCGCUCAUCGUUCUCAGAGCGUUGACUGGAAUAGCUUGUUCGAUGACAAUCCCCUCUGCGUUAACGCUCCUGGUCAACGUGUUUCCAGAACCGCUUGAACAAGCUCGCGCAAUAGGGAUAUUUGGAGGCUGCGGCGGCGUCGCGAACGUCCUCGGUCUCAUAAUUGGUGCAAUGUUGGUGCAAUGGACAUCUUACCAUUGGGCGUUCUGGUUUAUAGCCAUCGUGGCUGUGCCAGCGGCUCUGGCGUGUGUCUUCAUCAUACCUCCAGAGAUUUCAAACACCAAAAACAAUCUUGAGCCUGGAGCAGCGAAAUGGAAGAGCCUUGACUUACUCGGCGUGACCAUCCUAACUGUUGCUCUAAUUCUGUUCAUCUUCGCUGUGACAUCCGGCUCCACUGAUGGCUGGGCAUCUGCAGAAGUGCUUGUCCCGUUGAUCAUAUCAAUCUUGAUGGUGAUCACAUUUUUCUAUUGGGAAACACGCAUACAUGUGGACAAAGCUGCAAUACCACCUCGGACAUGGUUUUACAACAAUUUCUCGAUUCUUUUUGCCGUUGCGCUCUUGCCACUUCUUUGGUGGUUCGCAGUGCUUAUGAUUUUUAGCACCCUGUGGCAAAACGUAUAUGAGUGGUCGGCAAUAUCAUCGGCUGUACACAUGCUCCCGAUCGGCGUCGCAGCCUUCGUUAUGAGUUUCACCGGAUCGCUCUCUCGGAUCAUCAGUCCGAAAUGGAUUAUUCUGACAGGCCUGUCUUGUUGCAUGGUUGCGACCGUAUUGCUGGCGCUUGGCGGGGGAAAACCUGAGGACUAUUGGCCAUACGUAUUCCCAGCUUUUUCUCUAGGGAGCGCAGGGGUCAUGCUGACGUAUACGCACACAAACAUUGCUAUAUUUCAAGCCGCACCUUCGUCCAUGGCAGGCACAGUUGGUGCCAUCUUUAACGGCGGUCUUCAAUUUGGAUCAGCAAUUGGUCUCGCUGGUGUGAGCUCAAUAGAGACAUCCGUGGAGGCCACCCAUGGGGGCUCACAUGAGUAUAAAGGACGAGCCGCAGUAUUUUGGUUCCUCUUGACAGUUGUCUCUAUUCAGUUCAUUUCAGUAUCAAUAUUCUAUGACCGCAGCACGGACCACACACCCCAACCAGACCACGGCGACCCCGGAAAUCCUGCUCGACGGAGCACGGACUCUGACGAAAAGCUUAACGAUACGAACGUGACCAUGAUCGAAAAAGCUAACCUAGCGAAUCUGCCGGUGUAA